AUCAGAGAAAUCAAAUAUACAUUAUAAUGAGCACAAAGAGCUGAGCACUUUUUUUGUUUGUUUGGUUUUCAAAUCCAAAUCCAAAGAAAAGGAGAGGAUAGGAAAGGAGAGAAAGAAAAAAAACAGCAACAGAGAGAGAAAAAGCAGACAUGAUGGACAGAGGGGUUGGUCAUUACCCUAGACUAAAAACACACACAAAGACGACACAACGGUUGAUGACAAGAUGCGUGAACGAGAAAACAGGAGACAGGAGGGGGUAAUAAUCUGGAUAUCGACACAAAGCAGAACAAAAAAAACUGAUUUCGGACGGGGUAAUGUGGUAAGAACGAAAGGUUGUGAUAUGAACAAAAGGCGAGAGGUAACACGGCGAAAGAAGCGGUGAGAUGAGAGAUGAAAGGGAGGGGCGAAUGAAAGCGAAUGAAAAAGAAACGCGAAAAUAAGGAACCUGGAUCAGAAAGGGUAAAAAAAAAAAAGGAAAAGAAAUAAAAAGGUAGAAUGUUCGGAUGGUAAAGCAACCUUCAACGCUUCUAACGACGUGCGACGGAGCACCAACUCUAGCCCCCCCUCGUAGUCUCGCAACAGCGCACCGGGUAGGGCCAACUCAUGCUAGCGGCGGGAUAUGGUGGAUUGGCAUGACUCCCGUACCGACUUGGCGGGGAAAAGGUCGAACGGCAGAAACAGCGAAUUGGCAGUUCGAUCCCCUAAACCUGCGUCCACUGCUUACUUUUCUUUUCUUCCAUGCCCUCUCGCAACGAUACUAGCUCAUCGGCCACCACCUCCCCGCUCCAUCCUUAUACCUCAUACAUACUACGCUUCCACCGCGUCCACAUUCACACAUCGUCAGAAAUAAUACUCCCAAUACUCAACGGAUUCUUCUUCCCCAUCCCUACACCACCCACACCUCCAAGCCCACCCAUCCCUCCAACACCCAUCCCGCUCAUCC